CCGAAGCCGCAGCCAGAGCGCGGGCAGUGCGGAGCGGGCGGCGGGAAGACAGCGGUGUCCGGCAGCCCGCCGCCCCUGCUAGGCCGGGGCCCCGCACCCCCGCCGGGCCGGGGAGUGGCCGGGGCCGCGCGCAGGCGAGGACCCGCCGCCCGGCCCGGAGGGAGUCUCAGGGCGCGCCCUGGCCGGCUCGGGUCCGAGGUGAGCCCCGGCGGGGGACGCGCCCCCCGGAGGCGCGGCCCCGCGAGGUCCGGACCUAGCCCACCCGGGUCUGGGAGCUUCUCAGGAGACGGACGACUCCGGAGGUGUCUGCCAGGAGCCAGCGUGAGGGCGGCAGGGCGGGCUCGGACCAGCCGGCCCGGAGCCGGGCGGGAGGGAGCCGCGGCGCGCCGCCAUGCGCCGGGCGCUGUAGCCGAAGUCGCGGGCCCGAUGGAGCGGGCCGGGGCGCCGGGCUUGCGCGGCGGCCGCCGCCCGCGGGGCUUCGGGCUCGCGCUCUCGCUCGGGCUGCUGCUGCGGCUGGCACGGCUGCCGUCGGGCCUCGCGGGGGCCCCUGAGGCGCAGGAGCCGGCGGCGCCGGGUACGGCGGCCCCGGUCGGGGGCGACCGCUGCCGCGGCUACUACGACGUGAUGGGCCAGUGGGACCCGCCCUUCAACUGCAGCUCGGGCGCCUACAACUUCUGCUGCGGCACGUGCGGCUACCGCUUCUGCUGCCACGACGGGCCGCGGCGCCUCGACCAGAGCCGCUGCUCCAACUACGACACGCCGGCUUGGGUGCAGACCGGCCGGCCGCCCGCGCGUGCCCGCGACGCCGCCGCGCCCCGGGACCCAGGCCGCGAGCGCAGCCACACAGCCGUCUACGCGGUUUGCGGCGUAGCCGCCCUGCUCGUGCUGGCGGGCAUCGGGGCGCGCCUCGGCCUGGAGAGGGCGCACAGCCCGCGCGCGCGGCGCACGGUGACCAGGACACUGACGGAACUUCUGAAGCAACCUGGCCUCCAGGAGCCACUGCCUCCCCCUCUGGGCCCACCCCUGGGUAGCUGUGUCCAGGUGCAGAUGGGUGACGGCCUUCCCCGGGGCCCCACCCACAACAGCACCGACAAGAAACGCCCCAACAACGUGCCCCUGGGUUCAGUGACACCGGGGCCCCCGCGCGCCUCUCGGCUGCAGGGCGGCGGCGGCAUGACGCUACAGGCCGACUAUGCCAAGUACACCACCCUCAAGGCAGCCGCGCUCAAGGCCGCAGAGGCCUCCCCCCAGGACUUCUACCAGCGUUUUCCCGCGACGGAACCUGCCCCGCUGACCCUCCCCGCGCGGGCCCGGAGGCCCCCCGAGGACGUGCCCGCGCUGCUCGACGCCUGCCCCUGGGCCCCGCCGGGCUACGCGCCCCCCGCCGGUCCCACCCCAUCGGUCCACUACAAGGCCUGGAGCGCCAGCCGCCCGGCCCGGCCCGCCCCCCGCGGCCACCCGGCGGCUCACGCCUCCCCGGCGCCCCGGCGGCCCGGCCACGCGCCCCGGCGCCAGUUCAGCGUGGAGAAGAUGCCCGAGGCCUUCAGCCCGCAGCCGCCUGGCCUCUAUGGCAGUGCUGGCCGUGGAGCCAGGCACCUGAGUACCAACAGCAAAGCCGAGGUCACUGUGUGAAGGCGGGACCGCUGGUUCUCCCGAGGCACUGCCUUGCUAGGAGCCCUCUUCUGCGUGGGGGACUCGCCAUCCGGCGGAUCCCGGGCCCGGGCCUCAGGACGGAGGGGUGCCGGCUGCCAAGGCCAGCUCUCCUGCCCACCCAAACUGGACGUGGAGCCUUGGAACCUGCAGGGCUGAGGCCCACUGGGGCCAGGGUUCCUUGUGUAAAUAAACCCUGUUCUGUGGCUCUCACCCCUGAGAAUAAAGGAGCCCCAGCUCGGCUCUGAGAGGCGCUGA